AUGCCAGCUGCCCAUGUGGUGUCCGCAGGGCCUCAUUACCAUAUGGCAGGUGUGAAGGUUGGAGCCCUCCCUCGACUGUGCGAUGUGCUCCAGGUACUGUGGGCAGAACGAGACCAGUGCCUGCAGGAUCUCUCCAAGAAUCAGACAGAAGACCUGGACGUGGAACAGCCAACACCAGGCUGCGAGAAGCUGUGGGACAACAUGAGCUGUUGGCCCUCUACUUCACUGGGCCAGACGGUGCAAGUGGAGUGUCCACGAUUCCUCCAGAUGCUCACGGACAGGAAUGGUUCUAUGUUCCGAAAUUGUACACGAAGUGGCUGGUCUGGAGCCUUCCCCAGGCCUGAUAUAGCCUGUGGGAUUGACAUAAACAGUUUGUUCAAUGAAAAGCAGCACAGGUUCCUACUGAAGCUGAAGGUCCUGUACACCGUGGGCUACAGCUCCUCCCUCGUGACACUCCUGGUUGCCCUCAGCAUCCUCUGUGCUUUCCGGAGGCUCCACUGCACUCGCAAUUACAUCCACAUGCACCUGUUCCUGUCCUUCAUCCUGCGUGCCCUCUCCAACUUCAUCAAGGAUGCUGUGCUCUUCUCAGAUGAUGCCACCCACUGCGACGCCCACAGGGUAACAUGUUCUCCAGCCAUCUUUGUUACUUUAUGGGCUAUCACUAGGCACUUUCUGGAAGAUGAUGGGUGCUGGGACAUCAAUGUCAAUGCAUCUGUCUGGUGGGUCAUCCGAGGACCUGUGAUCCUCUCCAUCCUGGUGGCUUCCUUGUCCACCGUUUUCAAGCUUCCCUUCCGCCCAGGACCACGGUUGUCAGAGAUCACAAGGGCUUCUUCCCCCCGGAAAUCCCGGGUUCCCUUCCGCCCCAGUGUACGCUUCUCAGAGUUCCCAAACUCUUCUUUCCACUGGAAAUCCCGGACACCUUUGAGAAACGCCUCUCCACUGCUCAUCCGAAGUGGCUCCCUUGUGCACCGUUUUCAAGAUUCCCUUCCGCCCCGGAGCAUGCUGGUCAGAGUUCCCAAGGGCUUCUUCCCACCGGAAAACCCGGGUACCUUUGAGAAACGCCUGUCUGCUUCUUAUCUGAG